AUUAUUUGCGGAGGUAAUUGACAUAUGUGUACGUCUUUUUGCUUUCAGGAUAGGUCUGUCUUGUCAUGGGAAUGACAGAAUGGGACUGGACCUGUACGGAGUGUCGGGCGCCUACUCUUACAGCUGUGACAUCACCACUCUGUCUCGGUGUCAGGAGAGAGCCAGAGAAGGGGAAGAGGUCGUCAAGUUUACCCUGGGGAAGACGUGCCAAGAAUCUGGCUGUGGUGAGCCGUGUGGCUGUCGCCAUGGCAAUAAGACCUUCUCCAUAUAUGAGCAGUUCCAGCUCGGCUGCCAGACGUGUUCAUGUACAGAGAAGGGCGUCAUCCUGUGUGUCUGCGACUUUGCUGUAAAGAGGAAAGAAAUCAGGGAAAUGUCCCGUGAUGAACUGGACAGAUACCAGUCCGCUGUGAGACGACUGACUCAAAACACGGGAUAUCCCUCUCAGUGGUUUGAGUUUGCCUCAGUUUACGCCUCGUACAAACCACAGGCAGCUGGCAGUCCCCUCUUCCUUCCAUGGAACAGGCAGUUCUUGAGAAACAUGGAACAAGCCAUUCAGAACAUUGACUGCGGUGUGGCGAUCCCGUACUAUGAUUGGACAGUGGAUGCAGGAAAACCCCACCAGUCUUCCAUCUGGGCAGCAAAUGUGAUGGGAGGGAACGGAGGGGAGCAGGACUGUGUGAGAUACCACCCGUUCAAGUCCUACCACCCACCGUACUUGAGUCCCUGCCUGCGGAGGAGAUUCAACACUUCUGUCAGCCUGCCCUCCGUCGUGAAUGUGGAACUGGCUUUGAGGGAACCGUCCUACGAUCGCUUCAGGCUGCAGGUGGAAAUAUUUGCUCGGGUGUACCAGAGUUUUGUUGGGGGUCACAUGGCCUCAGAUUUUGCACCUUACGACCCGUUGUUCUACUCCCUGAUGGCCACGGUCGACAAGCUGUGGACUGAUUGGCAGGAUAGACACAAAGAGGGAAUGUUGUCUUUCCCACUUGAUUAUCGAUACGUCAGGCUCGACCCUUUUAAGACAACUCCUGAUGAUGUGUUUGACUCCCGUAUUCAGCUCUGUGUGGAUUAUUUCCCCCUUACAGAGGGUGUACCGUGCAAUAUUACAGAGGUUCGGACAUAUGGAUACAACUCUCAAGGAUAUGACCGUCAUGGCUUUAACAGAGAAGGUUAUGACAGAGAUGGAUAUAACAUUCGCGGAUAUGAUGUUUCAGGGAAUUUGGAUGACCGGAACAUCUAUAACAUUGAUGGCUAUGACAGAGAAGGAUUCAAUCGCAGUGGGUUUGAUGAUUCAGGUAUAGACAGAUUUGGAUUUUUCACAGAUACCUACAACUUGGAUGAGUUUGAUCCCCUAGGUUUUGAUCGAUCUGGGUACAAUCGCUAUGGAUAUAACCAACAGGGCUUCACACCAUACGGCCUUCAUGCUAACGGAUCUUAUUUACCAAACAUCAAUAUUGAAGAUUUGAACAUCUUUGACCCCUAUGGUUACAACAAAUAUGGAUAUGACAAACAAGGGUUUGAUCGAAAUGGAUUUGAUGUUUUUGGAUUCGACCGGAGAGGGUUUGACAAUCGUAUUUGCAACUACUAUUAUAUAGGUCCUAUUCAUAUACUGGUUAAACGGUAUAUUGCAAAGACCAUCAAAGACAUGAAUGUCACAAUUCUCACCAAAGUGAAACGAGUAUGCCCAGAGUUGUCCUCCCUUCCCGUGCAAACGCGAAGACAGCAGUGGUUGAACCGAGGCGGGCAGAGAUCUCAGAUUGACGACGUUCACCGGUACCAAGUUGAAGGUCAUACUGUGGACACCAUGUUUAUGCCGCGGGAGACCAGUGUCACCACAGAUCUUGUCUGGCUUCCCAUUGCCCCUGAUGAAAGGUAACGUUUAAUUGCGCUAACAAUAAUAACAU